UGGAAGCUCGAGGACGUCUCUGUCCGACCGAUUAAAGACGAUGAACUGCUAGUUCAGAUUAUAGCAUCUGGCCUCUGCCACACAGAUGUACACUUCGAGAACCUGAAGGACGGGCCAGGCGUGUUGUACCCCCGAGUUCUAGGGCACGAAGGCUCCGGCUACGUCAAGCAAGUCGGCAAAAACGUCACCGUCGCCCAACCCGGCGACCCGGUCCUCCUGUCCUUCGCCUCCUGCGCUUCCUGCAAGCUCUGCACGUCCGACCAUCCGGCGCACUGCGUCGACUUCAACGCGCUGAACUUCGGCGGCCAGCACGACUUCUCCGCGUCCUCGUCAGAGAAGAAGGAGCCAGAUAUCUUCGGCCACUUCUUUGGCCAGUCGAGCUUCGCGAGCUUGACGAUUGUGAAUGAGAGGAGCGUUGUCAAUGCGAAGGGUGUCGUCAAGGACGAUGAGGAGCUGAAGAUGUUCGCGCCGCUGGGAUGCGGAAUUCAGACUGGCAGCGGGACGAUAUACAACGUAGCUGCCGCGACGCCGGAUGAUGCAGUGGUGGUAAUGGGACUGGGUGGUGUGGGCCUGAGCGGGAUUAUGGCGGCGAAGCUCCGCGGGUGCAAGACCAUCAUUGGGGUCGACAAGGUUGAUGGCAGGAUGGCACUGGCGAAGGAGUUGGGCGCUACGUAUACUAUCAACACUUCUGGUAUGGAGCUGGAUGAGCUUGUCAAGAAGGUGAGGGAGCUCACGGACGGCCUGGGCGCGACCGUGACGAUGGAUACGACGGGUUUUGUGCCGCUGAUUACGAAGGCCGUCGAGUUCACGAGGUUCAAGGGGAAGGUGAUCCAGGUCGGUACGGCGCCGGUAGACGCUAAAUUGGAGAUACCAAUCUUUGAGUUCAUGGUCAUGGGCAAGCAGUAUAUCGGCGCGGUGGAAGGGGAUGCUUACCCGCCGAAGUAUGUGCCGGAGAUGAUUCAGUGGUAUAGGGAUGGCAAGUUCCCGGUGGACAAGCUAGUGAAGUUCUUCAAGGCGGAGGAGUAUGAGAAGGCGCUGCAUGAGAUGCAGAGUGGAGAGGCGGUGAAGCCGAUUAUCGUUUGGUAA